AGGCGCUUCGGUGAAGAGUGAGAGAUUGAGACAGAACUCAAAUUGUGUUGUGAAAAUAACGACCUACUCCAGUCGUGACAUCUGUGCUGUAGCUUUGAUUCCCUCCGUCUCCGGUGACUGCGAAGAUCCACCAAAAAUCAAUUAUUUUUUUCCAAAACAAAAUUUUAUAGUGCCAUUAGUGGUGAGCCGGCUGAUAGUGUGAGAUAUGGUGUGAAACGUGCAAAAAGGAUAACGUGUAUUUCGGAAGCAAAACUUCUCGUGACCAGAAUGAGAAGAAAUUGACCAACUUAACCCCACACACGAGGAAGAUCAAUUCGAUUCGUUAGCGCGGCCCAUAAUUCCUACAAUCGGCAAGGAGGUCAUCAGUGACGACUUCCGUCAUUGCCCUAGAAGAGAGACUCGUAGCAGCCCGGCUGCGUUCAUAAAUCUGCCCGAAUACACAGACGCAGCAACCAUCGAGGGAAAAACACCACUACAUACACAGCGCCAUGUGAAAUUGAGAUAAUCGGUGGAAAGCAAACGAGUGAAGUGUGUUUUUUUGUGAACUUUGGGGGCGAACAUAUACGGGGGUUUGUCACGUACAACAUCUCUCGGAAAACUAGUCGGGAGAGAAAUUUUUUUUUGUGAGAGUGGUGUGUAGAAGCUAAAUUGUUGUGAUUGCUACGAUCGCUUUGCGGCCACCCACCACCCACCUCCUGAACGACAACGCGCGAAGCUUCGCGCUUGGAUCGGCUGUCUCAACAAAGACAAACAAAGACCGAGACACCCGGCCUUUCGGUCUCCGCUCACAUAUUGGUUGGAUAUUUGCUGCGUAAUAAGCGCUUGACUGUACAAGUAGCCGGUGGCGGUGCUUACCGGUGAUCAAUCAACGAAAGUUUGUCCCGUGUUUAUCUGACUGAGAUAGACACUCACAUCACCAACAAAACAAAACAGCGUUGAUUGUGAGGUCCAAUCUGUCAGGAUCGUGAUUUGUGCUAGUGUAAAGUAAGCUCACAAACUGCUCACGUAAGCUAUAUUUGCGGCGUUGAAGGAGCAGACGGCAGUUUUCGUUCAUAUAGGCGCUCCUGAACAUAGCAGUGCGACCGGUGUUUGUCUAAAUCUGUACAUCCGUCAUCCCCAGAGACAAAAAGUUUAAAUCUGGGGCACUCUACGCGGUUCCCAUGCUAAACUACCGCCUCGUUUCAACACAUUUCUUGAAACAACCGUAGAUUCGUUAAGGACCGGUCGUAAAAAUGUGCAGAGAUAGAGAUAUGCCACUUCGAUGAAUUAAUUGCAAUUAAUUGUUCUGCCCGUGUUCCCUUCUCGUGCGUGCAUAUGAGCACGGCCGUGAGUGGUUACCUUCCAUACUGUGUUGUCAUCGUUGAAAAAAGUGUUGCGAUUUUCCAUCAUCGCUGUGUCGUUUCUCGGAAAAGUCUGUACGGGUGAAAGUGCAUCAAAACAAUCAGUCAAUCAAUCGACGGACGAUUUUUCGCCGCAUCGAACACGAAACUGUGAGCACCAAUUCAGCAGCUAGUGUCACACAUCAUCUGAUCUACACUUUGUCACGACCUGUCAAACAAACGGAGAGGGAAAUCGAAUUUCCCUUUCGGAGAGAUCACACUUUUCAGGCGUGUGUAUGUUAUGGUUUUGUGGUGAGCGUAUGUUCUGAGCUCCACAAAUUAAUUGCACACGAUUCUCGACGACCACUCCUUCAUUUGUUAUUGCCGAAAAGUGAGAAGUAUAUAAUUUAAAGGGCAAAACAAAAUCACCAUAAUCGGCCCCAUUAAUAAUUCAUCGUAAAUCGGAGUGAAGGUAAACCGCGAAACGUAGAAUAAAAAAAGUGUGUUAACAUCGUUGCGUUUGCCUCGCUGAUCGAAGUUGCAGCGAUUUUGUGUUUGUACCAGAACGCGGGGUUUCGCUGGAAGUGGUGAGCAUUCGGAAGCGGUUUCUUUGUUUUUUUUCUUGCACGAGUCAGCAUAACAUAGCAAAAACAACAACAGCCAGCAACAGCAAUAACAAAAACAACUCAUACGCAGGAUUCGGCGAAUAGUUUGCGAAAAUUCCACCCAAAAUUGAAGUAUUUACUAAAACCGUUUGGGAAACAGUAACGGCUUGUGUGUGCGGCAUGCGUCGCCCAUCAUCGGGACAGAAUGAAGACGACCUGAGUCGUCUCACAACGGUUAUAUCCCCAACGACAGGAAGCUUAUCGUCGGCGCAAACGGAACAUGAAGAAGGCGAGAACAGUAGUGGCAAGAAUAAUCAUAUUAUCAGCAGCAUCCUGCAACAGCACAGCAAUAUUGGCAGCAAUAUCGACGGUUCCAACAAUGGCGCUGGAAGCUGCAGCAAAGGCAACAGUGGCACAACGACGGGGCCCUCAACGUCCCAGUACCUGCCCAAUUUGAUUAAUUCAUCUGAGUGGCAGAAUUGCAGAAAACGCAAAGAACGACAAGACAGCACAUCCUCUAUCAGUCAGGAUCGGAAACUGAUCCGCUCCAAUAGCGAGGAGCACCUCCCCAACUGCCAGGAGGUGAUUCGUCGUGUGUCUUCGCAUGAGGAUUUCAAAAAACCUCCGCCGCUGAUUGAAAUCAGUGUCGACAAGGAGAACAUUAUUGAGGAAUCUGCCGAAGAGCAGCAGCAGCUGGAGGAGCAGCAAAUUUUCGAGAAGAAUCUAAAAAAUAGCUCAGAGAAUCUGAGGAAAUUUUUUAUAGGUAGCGAAAGUCUUUGUGCGGCCAGCAGAGACACAUUCGAAGACCAGAACAACAAACCUGUCGAUCAAGGUCACGGUCAAAACCAUCACCACCAUCAUCAUCAUCAUCAUCAUUCAUAUAGUAAUCAUUUGAGUCAUAACAAUAACCACACAAAGAAUCGACUUUCGCCGUGUCGGGAUAUACUGAAAGCCCGCAAGGAUUCUGACAGUGAGUUAGAUGGAGAGCACGAGCGUCGUCGUCACUGUGAGCGAUUUUCCAAAACUCGACCCCCUCCCGGGCGAAAAUCCGUCUCUCCGCGGAAUCGCUCCAAGCAAUCAAAGCAUACAUCAUCGGGCAAAGAAAAGAGCGGAAAUGAACACUUCUACUCCAAACAUGAUUCGCAUCAUUCUUUCAAACAUGAACGUCGUGGCUACGGAAAACGAGACAAAUCGUCUGAGCAUAAAACGCCCGAACCGGAAAUCUUUUCCGAUUACAACGAUAACAACGUCUUGGAGAAAGGCACCCCUGAUUCUCCCCGAGAGAAACAGCUGCCGUGGGACCAAUCCUUCCAGGACGAUACCCCUGUGGUAUGUCAACGUUUUGCGGAUCAUAACUUCGAGCAUGCCAAUAAGAUGGGCACCUUCGGCGAGGUGCGCAGUCUUCCGCCCAAUGCAACCAUGAAGCAUUACGGAAACUAUCGCAGCGCGGAGCUUCAUCAGACGAUCCAGAAACCUAUUCCCCAGGCGAACAAUAUGUUCGACGAUCGCAUCAAGGCCACCAACCGCAAGCUCAGUGGAUUGAAGAAGAAAUUGAUCCAGUACGAGGACCGGUUCGAAAGGGAGAAUGGCUAUCGGCCCGCCCAUGGGGAUAAAACGAGUGACAGCUCGAUCCGGGCAGUGAUUGUUGAAAUACACAAACUGCGUAAGGAGAAAAAUCAGAUCAAAGCGGAGUUGUCGGUGGUCAACGCGAAAAUGGCCAAAGGGAGCAGCACUUUGGCUGCGACGGCAGCGGAGCAUGCCAUGGACGAGAGCAAGCUGAUGAAUAUGAAGGAAACGAUAGCCGAUAUCGAGAAGCGUCUUCACGAGAAGCGUGCCACAGAUCAUCGUAGUGACAAUUUGGACAGUCUCUCCAGUGAACAGUUGUCCGAGGAAAAAGCAUCGGUGCAGCGAGCUCUUCUCUAUUUGGAAUCGAUUUACGGGCGCCCUGCUAGCCGGGAAGAGCGUGAUGCGGCGCGUCCUCUCUACGAUCGGUACCGGAUGAUCAAACGGUUGGUGAAUCGCGCCAACUCCAUCAGUGGACCAUGUGGCGGCAAUUCUCAAAUGCCAACGAUUUUGGAACAUGAAGCGCUAGCCAUUGUGGGAACCACGACACCUUCAACUGAUAUCUCGCCACCAUCGGCCACCUCUAUGGUUCAAUCGCCGACCGACACCUCGGUAGCGUCCACAGCAGCUCAGUCAACCGAUGAAUCCGAAACCACGUCCAGUUCGAUCACCGAGAACAUCCAUUCGAUGACGAUUGAGCAGUUGUGGGAGCAUUACGAUGCUGCCCGCGAAGAGAAGAAAGAGCUGCGGCGAACAAUAAAGGACUUCGAGCAAAAGUUCGAGGAAACCACGGGCCGAAAGAUGUUGAAAUCGGACCGGAAGACAAUUGAAGAAACCUACGCUCUGUAUAAGCAGAAAAAGGCGAAGCUUCGGCUCAUUGAUGCUCUUUUCAAAAAACAAAUGUCGAUUUGAAGUGAUCUCGAGAUUCCAUUUUUAACGUAUACAUACUUUAGCGUUGUCUUUUUUUCUCAUCAUCCAGACCGAAUCUUCCUUUUUUUUUGUUUUCCGAACGACAACGUUGGAACUUUCUUUCCAUUUUUCGCAUCCAACCAUCGAGCUUCUAUUUAUUUCAUUUCCUUGAUUUUUCUAUUCCUUCCUCGAUGUUUUAGAAAAAGUUCACCUCGCGUCCCUUUGUGUGCAUCGUGCAUAUAUGCGUUGGAUUUAUUGUAACAUAAUAAAAACCCUUUAGAUAUUAUCAACGGAAAGCAAACUACAUGAAUCAAACGGUAAAUCUUUAUAAAAGAUAUAAUGGAGCAAAUAAUAUUAUUAAAACAAGGUACGAUAUACAUGAGAACCAUAGAUAUCAUAUUCUAUUGUAUGGCUUGUUCGAUUGUUUAAUUUUAUCUUCUGUUGUCUAAUAUCUGUUGUUAAUUAUUAAUUACGUACCUCUAUUCAUUUUCGAGCUACUUAUUAGGAUGCCUUUCCACCUGGGGGAGACAUCCUAAUAAGUGGUAGCGUCGUAUAAGAAAUUACGAAAAACGGUUUUUUGCCGAGGAGAAAAAAAAUAGUAUAUAUACAAGUAGAGGAAACAAAAAAAAAACGCAUAUAUACUGAUAAGCGAGAAAGAAAUAUUUGCAUACAAAAUAUUCAGUUUUAUCUAGUGCAACAAUGUAAACAAUAUUUACAUUUCAAAAUGUGACCUAAGCAAGAUACAUGUAAUGUAUUGAAAUUAUGAUUUAACCUUUUAUAUAUAAUGGAACAUAAGUGCAAACUUAUAACUACCACAUCUGUUUGAAGUAUGAUGUAAAAAACAACACACUCUUUAGAUCGUAUUACCCCACAUUUACAGAACUACACACUAAAUUCACAGCAUACAGAUUCGUUUGAAAUAAAAAAAUAACCAUAGCGUCAUCUCCGUACUAACUUAUCAAUAACAGAAAAAAAAAUCAGCAGCAUACCCGAAACGGCAUAAUACAGAAAACACACACACACACGUAUUUGUAGCUCUUUAAGAUAUAUUACGAAUAUUAUUGAAGAUGAUGGAAUGAACAAAAGCGAUAAGUUCUUAAAGAACGAUUUAUUACAGAUUAUGAGUAUGAUUAUUAUUGCUAUUAAUAUUAUUGCUAGUGUAUUUGGUGCAUAAUUUGACAUGAUGGAUACAAAGAAAGAAAGAAAGAAAAGUUGGGAUUAUGAGAGCGGAAGUUGCGAGAGUGAGCAUGAAUUUAACAGGAUUAAUAAUGUUUCAUGAGAAUAAACAAGCAAAGUUACGUAACGUGCUAGUGAAA